AUGUCCAAUCCAAAUCAUUGGAUCUUGGACGUCCAAAUUCGAAUCAAAAUCAUUGAACCAUUGGACAUUGGACAUCCAAAGUCCAAAAAUCACCCAAUUUUCAACUACAAUGAUUCAACAGGCGACUCCAAAGCGACGAAUCCAAUGGGCGAUACCAAAGGCUAG